UAUUAUAAGGAAUUGCUAUAUAUCCAUAUGCUCACAGGUGCUGUUAUCACGAGUCACUCAUUAUUGGGCUGAUAGGGGGCUCUUUGGGCCUCUGCAUUUUUUAAAUGGCAGGGCCUACUUUGAACCCAAGUCCAUCCCUGGUGCAAACUCAUUGAUAAGAAUACCCAUGACCACAUUUUCUUUCACCUACCCUGAUAAUAAAGGAUAGGCGGAGCAUUGUUAGUAAGUAUGGAUAUCAAUACAGCUCUACUUCCACACAGACAAACGCUCCGAUGACAUGCUCUGUAGCCCUCCAGCCCUUCUUUCAUUGUGGUCACAGAGUAUGUGCAUGGCCCCUGCCCAUUCGUCUAUAGUUCCAGCAAUUUUAUAUCCAUGUCCCAAAGAGCCAAACAUUGUCAGGGUGACUGAAAUCCCGGCCCCUCCUCCCCAGAGGCGGGGCUUGUUAUUGUUCUGCUUGUGAGGCCUAUCGGUUCCCUACACACGGAUUAAGGGUUUUAGUACAUAAUUUCAGUGUAGCACGGACUAUUUCUACCGAUAGUACGUAAGUAGCGGCUUGAGGGUGUAAUGCAGUCAUAAUGGGCACCGUGCAGUCAACUCGCGUCAGGACCGGAGGGGAAGGCAUUUGGCUCGGUACCAGCAUGGCAUCAUGUCCUGUGUCAGAGCGACUGGUGGAGAGGAUAGCAGAAGAUGAAUCUGAACAAUAGUCAGUCAUUGCUCAUAUGUCAUCUGAUGUAUGACUGUGCUCUGCCACGCACUUCUAGGUAUAAUAUGGAUGUGGAAGAGACCCAUGGAAAUGCGGUGUUCCUAUAUACAAUUCCAACUAUGCUCUGCAAUUCUAACUGGAUUAGCAAUCCUGGUGUUAGUUAACAACAUCAGUCAGAUAGAGCAUUUGUAUCAAAGCACAGAUUUAAUACUGGGCCAGGCAGCCCCGGAUCGUUUAGGACAACCUUAUUCACCAGCAAAAAAAGAAUAUUUUUGUGACUACCAGCGACAAGUUCUUUCUAGAUCAGAACAUGAAGAACAGGAAUCCUUACUUCAGUCUAUUGAAUGGCCUGGUCCACCACGUGGGAAAAUACAAUUUUUAAAGAGCAGCGAUGCAACGCAUAGUUGUUUUGUUAUUUUAAGUUCUCAAAAAACGUUUGCGGUUGGGGACAUCAUGGAAGUUCUUGUGCGAGUGCGAGAUUUUGAAGGAAGCCCAAAAAAAUACGGUGGAGAUUAUCUUCAAGCAAGGAUUCACACACCUAUUUUGAAAGCUGGUACAGUCGGAAAGGUAGUGGACCACCAAAAUGGAUUCUACACAAUAUUUUUCACAUUACUUUGGCCUGGCAACGUCACCGUGUCUGUGGUUUUGGUACACCCAAGUGAAGGCAUCCAGGUUCUCCAGCGAUUACGAGAAGAAAAACCUGACCGUGUGUACUUUAAAAGUUUGUUCAGAUCUGGUGGCACUUCAGAAACUAAAACUUGCAAUGUUUGUUUGUCAAGAAAAAUACCUAUAUGCAAUUAUACUGACCUGCAGACUGGUGAGCCAUGGUUUUGUUAUAAGCCGGAGAAAUUAUCCUGCUCCAAUCGAAUCAACCAUGCAAAAGGAGGCUAUCUAAAAAAACUCUUAACAUUUGAAGAAAGUUUUUUAUUUCAAAGUGGUAUAAACAUCAAAGUACCAGUUUCGGCUAGUGGACCUGACACAGUGAUGGUACACCCACGUAGGAUGAAAGAUAAAGCGUUCCUCUAUGGUUCCAAGUUUGUGCCUUCUGGUUAUUACUACCAGGAUUUUUGGAUGUCAAGUAGAUCCUACAUUCGACAGUUUAACAAACCUGAAGACAUCACUAACUGUUUGAAAGGAAAGGUGGUCCACUUGUUUGGAGACUCAACAAUAAGGCAAUGGUUUGAAUAUCUGACAGGGGUUGUACCAGGACUAAGAACUUUUGACCUUGGAAGCCCUAAAAAUGUAGGUCCUUUAUUGGCUAUUGAUGGGGAGCAUAACAUAAUGCUGAAGUAUCGCUGCCAUGGGCCUCCUAUACGUUUCAGUACAGUUUCAAGCCAUGAGCUACGAUAUAUUGCCAAUGAACUUGAUGGUAUAGUGGGUGGUCAAAAUACUGUAGUUGCCAUAACCAUAUGGUCUCAUUUUAGCACCUUUCCUGUAGUGGUGUACAUAAGGAGACUGAGGAACAUCCGAGCAGCAAUCCUCCGCUUAUUGGAGCGUAGUCCUGACACAUCAAUAAUUGUCCGAUCUGCCAAUGUUCAGGAGCUUGGGCCUGAAGUCAGCCUGUUCAACAGUGAUUGGUUCUCACUGCAACUGGACACAGUCAUGAGGUCUAUGUUUGCAAGUCUCAAUGUAUUCGUUUUAGAUGCCUGGGAGAUGUCUCUAGCACAUUAUCUACCACAUGCAUUACACCCUAAGCCAAUUAUUAUAAAGAAUCAGAUAGAUGAAUUCUUGUCAUUUGUAUGCCCAAAUUGACUACUCUGGAUAGUACUGUAAGCAGCAGUUGCAAUAUUCAGUAUGUGUCACAUUGUAAUGGAGCUGUAACUAAUUGGAGAUGAAGGAUCGCAAGCAGUGUUCCAUUCAACACUUCAGUACGAGUUGAAUUAAGGAUUUGUGGUAGGCGGCAAACUAUGCUGUAUAAUUUCAGUGUUAUUAUGUACAGUUGAAAGCAAAAGUUUGCGCACCCCAUGCCAAACUUCAUAUUUAUUUAAUUUUGAAUGUGAAAAGUAGGAAUUUGCAUCUGGCAUAAAUUCCACAAAGUGGAAAUUGUGCCAGAUUCAACUCCCCAUUUUGCCACGAUGAUGCUCUAAUUUUGGGAACAAUGCUGCAUUGUAGGGAGAAAAAACAUGGCAAUUGUAUUGCACAUACAAUGGACCAAUAUGUAAUAAUCAUUGUGCUAAUUUGCAGAUUGACAAUGCCCUAUAUUAAAUUCAGUAAUAAAUAUACGGGAUAUGCUUCUUUUGCAGUUUGUUGUUGAGUUUGUUGUAUUCUGGGGGGAAGGCACAAAAGACUUAAAAAAAAAAUUGAUGAAGCCAAAUUUUGCAUGGAAAGCCUAAACGAUGCCAUUAGUUGAAGUUAAUUUACACUUAUAGGUCAGUGAAUACAAUUUUUUAUUGUGCUAUUUGUACCUAACAAAAUAAUACAAUAACAUUUGUUUUACACAAUGGACCUAGUUCACUAACUGGAGCAUAGUGGCUGCGUCUAAAAAUUCAAGUUCACCAUGAUUCUUCAAAAUCGCAACAAGUUUUAUGCAUGCUGCUGGAUGCAAGAAGUGUAGAAACACUUGUGCAGAAGUUGUGCUACUCAUUCAGAUAGGUGCAAUGGUGGUGUUGGAGUUAGAUCCAGGUACACCUAGACACAACUGCUUUGUGUUGAAUUCUUGCUUCUAGUUCCUGUGCCUGCAAUAAUAGCCAAAUACAGUAUUUUAGGGAACCAAAAAAAAAUGGUGUAAAAUCCAGAAAGGCAGGAAAAUUAUAUAUACUAAUUAGCUAAGACUACAAAAAACAAUGUAAAAUGAGGGAAAACGUAUUGCAAUUGAGGUUUCAUUGUAUACAGUAUGUAGAUUUGAGAAAGUUAGUAAAGUAGUAUUUUUUUGUGAGCAAAAAGCCAUAGUGGUCUAGUAACAAUGUUCUAAUAAGAAAUGUUUUUAAUGUUACUAUGUGUGCCUUUUAUAUAGAGUAAAUAUAGUAAUGUAAAUGAAUGAUGCUGAAUAAAGUUUGUAUUUUUCUGA